CAAAGUCUUAUCGAUGGACAACAGAAGCUUAUUAAUGGCAGCAUGCGCGUGAAAACAAGUAUCAUAAAGUGCUUUCUGGUUGAUUGAGAUGUUUCCUUCCAUGCCGGUUGAUUCCUACUUGUGAUCGAAUCGUCCUUUCACCAUGGAUGCUGGAAAGUGGAUCGACCCCUGACACCUGAUUACUAUCCCACGUCAAAUCUACCUAGGUAUUCAUCGUCGAGGAUACUGGCCCAGUCAGCAUCAUCCAAUUCGCCCAAUGAGAGACUCUCCGGAUCGACCUCAUCCUCAUCAUCAUCUGGCCCCAGACGUCGAUCAGAUGGAGCCCUUGGUGAUCGAUCCGUCAGCUUCAGAUUGCCCUUUUGGGAGGUGGUCAAUCUCAAGUCUAGUGCAAAGAUCUUCGUUCCUUGACCGCUCGCUGCAAACCCGACCCCAUGCGCCGCAGCCAUAGUUUGAGCCACAGUACCCAGAGUUUCUUUGAAAACUUCGUCCCUUGCGGUGAGUCUGCGCCAUAAAUGGUAUGCCGGCGAAGUCGCUUGAUGUAUAUAACCUUACUCCACCCAGAUCCAGCUGGCUUCCCGUGCUCUUUGCCCAACGCAGCUUUCCCAGUCUCUGGAUCGUUGCCUGGAAGUUGUUGCCAUGGAUAACUCCAUUGUGGAGGGAGGACGAAGCCUUCGAGCUGGUGUCCACCCGUGGGUAUUCGUUGUGUUUGAGGGGAUCUUCCGCUGUGUAAUCAUCGGUCGGACUGAAAGGGUUCUUGACAGCAGCCCCCAGUAAGGCUUCCAACUCUUUCUCCGGCAGCCAGCCUGUUAGUGCUUUCAGAAUGAGAUAUUUGGCGUCCGAUGCGAUGGUCAGAUAGGGCUGCAGGAGAAUUCACACAGAGAGAGAUAUCAGCGGCAGCGCAGGUGAGAUAUGCAUCUAUGUAUGUCAGAAAAACAGACGAGAGACAGACCGCUUCACGGAAUGAAGCCAACUGGGUCAAUUCAUGGGAUCAAUCACCAGCCCUCGAACCUGAAGGCUACCUCAAGCAGAUGCAAAGAUGAGUAACGCUUGGUUGCCAACAUCAAACGCCUCUGGUCAACUCCUCGACAACUUAAACCUUGCAUCAAUUCUUCUUAGUCUCACCAGCAACCCCAACCAAGUUACCAUACUUCAGCGUGUUCAUGGUUGCUAUGAACUGCUGCUCAGCAGGAGACACGGUCAGAAUCAUGGCAGACUGUCCCUGUCCCUUGCCAGUGGCGGUGGCCACAAAGUGACUGCGCAAGAUCAUUGUCAAUGGGGAAGACCUGAACGGGAUACGUGCUUGACCGAGCGCUCUAGCACGUAUCACCUCUUUCAGGGCGAAAAGGUCUGAAUUGAUUUGUCGCCCUUGCUGCCGUUCCUGGGGAGUCUGCUUCGGUCCGCCUCUGACCGCAUCAUCCGCGCGAUCAAAAAACUCAGAUCCAGCAAGGUCAACAAAGACAAAUUUUCCUCCUAGACACGGAUGUUGACGCCUCCUCAAACAUUCGGCAACCGCAUCCUCAGCUUCCCUCAACCUUGCCUCGUAUUUCGCCUUCUCAGCCUCGGCCGCAUCAAUCCGUUGUUGGUCUACCGAAUACUCGGGGUUCGGCACCCACCGUCCUUCCGGCGAUGGGAUGUACGCCUUUUUAUUUUCCUCCAAAUAGACAUCCGUCGCUUUCUUUCCGAACGGCACCAGCUCGGAUUCGCGCUCGAUAACGGCGUCGCGCGCCUCCAGCAACAACUCAUUAACGACCUCGAGCUCGAGAACAGCAUGGGUACGCGAGCUUCUGUCGUGGAUUGAAGACGACCCGGUUUUUCUUUCUUGCAGUCCAUCCAAGACGACUUUGCGAAGCUCGUCAAACGACCAACAUGGCCUCGCGACGAUUGGACGAACUCGGACUUUUCCGUCCUCCAGGAUCUCCGUUUGACCACGGAUAUGGGUCUGGCCAUCAGGACCCUCGCGGACAUGACAUUCUGUGCCGUUGUUGAGGAGGUCGUAUGCGCAUUUCCCGCGAACUUCGUACAGCCGGACUGCCACGCCUAGUUUCUCCUUUCCCACACACUCAGUCUGUCCUUCCGUUCCUCCUGGGGUCAUUUCCUCCGAGUCCUUGCUGAGCUCGUCGAUUGCGUGAAACAACUCGCGUGCCGUCAAAAGGCACAGUCCGAGAUGUCGGUCGUCUUCAUAGUCGUACCCCAAAAUUGUGUGCGUCUUACCACUACCUGAAUGGCCGUACGCAAAGAAAUUGCACGUCCCUCCACCUUCCAUGACGUGAGGAAACGUGGGCGCCACCACGUCCGCAUAUACUUCCCUGUUGAUGGCGGUUGUGGGAAACACCUUUGUGAAUGAAGCUGCGCUCUUCCAUGUCCGCACUCUAUUGGAAGUAGAACGCGAUGAAAGUGAUAUCGAUGUCGAUUGCCCGUGGUUUGCUUUUUCUUCGUCCUGGCCGAUACUGCGCUCGAUCUCCGGCAGGGAUGAUUCAGACUCAGUUGUAUUUAGUGGUCUCCAUCUCACAUAGACUUUGAAAGGAUGUUGUUGUUGGGACACCAUUGGCUAGAGAAAACGGGGAUAUUCCGGAUACGAACACAAUUGCUGCAAUGCUAGUUGUCGACGCUCCUAUACCUUUGAGUCAAGGGCGAUAAUUGCUGUAGACGGACAGGUUUGCCUAACGCUUCUACUACACAAUUGACAAACACUGGAAAGGCCAAUGUUUUUAUUCGGCCUGCUCGCUGCUACUGCUACUACUGUACUGCCGUGGGAGGCCUUGGCCGUUGUCGUGGACUCGUGGUUGAUCUGGAAACAAAUUGAGGCGAUUUACUAAAAAUUGGCGCCCCACUGCAACAGCACAGUCGUAGCUAAUAGUGAGUAGAACAAACACCAACACUGCGGAACAAGACAUCGAGACCUCUCGCAGGGCACUACAAUCUCACAAAACGAUGAGCAUCGAGGCAUUCUCUCGGUGUAUCUUCGACUUCAAGGGACAAAGGUUAUUUCCGCGGCACCAGCGGCACCCCCAAUUCGAAGAUUAUGUUUCCGAAAGGUAGAUAAUGCCGCGGGCUUUACCCCCUGCUUCUCGCAAAUACUGAAUACUGUUCUGCCACGCUGAAACUCCGAAAUCCCAUAUUGCCGAUAGAUAUGUAUUACAGCAUGAGAAAGUUCCCUCGUUAUUCUUCCUGUUCUCCACGCCCCGUUCGCAGCCAUCAUGACCGUCUUACAAGUUUCCGAGCCCGCUGUCUCGAAUAAGAACGCCCCUGAACGAGUGCACAACUCGUCCCGACACAUAUCCCGUAUCCGAUCCCUGAUCCUCCCCGGCACUGACCUCGACGAUGUCGAUGUCUGCAACGACAGUUCCACCGGCCGCGGCACGACUGAAAACCCUUAUAUCGUCGAAUACCUAGACCACGACCGACUCGACGCCUUGAAUUCCUCCAAGGGACGAAAAUGGGCCAUUGCGGUUCUCCAGUCGCUGUCAACAUUCGCAGUGACCUUUGCCAGCUCAGUGUACGCCAGUGGCAUCCCAGGAGUCAUGCAGCACUUCGACGUGUCCAACGAGGUGGCUACGCUGGGCUUGUCGCUAUUUGUGUUAGGGUUCGCCCUUGGCCCGCUGAUCUGGGCACCUCUGUCCGAGGUAUAUGGGCGCAAAUCUGUGUACGUCAUAUCGUACACGGCGUAUACGGCCUUCAGUGUGGCAGCGGCGUGUGUGGACAACAUCACAGCCUUGCUGAUUCUUCGGUUUUUUGCGAGCGCGUUCGGAUCGUCGUCCAUGACGAAUAACGGCGGUGUCGUUGCCGAUAUGUUCAGCAAGGCGGAGCGCGGGUUGCCGAUGGGGUUAUUUGUUGCGGCUUGCUUUCUGGGGCCUGCGUUUGGACCCAUUGUCGGUGGGUUUCUCAACGAAACCCAGGGCUGGCGCUGGAUCCUCGGAUUGGUCGCCAUACUGGGCGGUGUGGUCGGCAUUGCCACGGCGCUGGUCACCCGUGAAACAUACGCGCCGUUCAUCUUGCGACGUCGAGCCAAGGCCCUUUCCCGCAUGACAGGAGACGUAUACAUGUCCCGCCUGGAUGCGGCACAGCCGCCCAAAACGGUCUCUCAGGAGCUCUCCGUCACUUUCACGCGUCCCUGGAUUUUGAUGUUCAGCGAACCACUUGUCUUGCUGACGUCGAUAUACAUCUCCAUCAUCUAUGGCACAUUGUACAUGUUCUUUGCCGGCUUUCCCAUCGUCUUCCAAGUCACUCGAGGCUGGAGCCAAGGCAUCGCUGGGCUUCCGUUUGUUGGCGUUGCCAUUGGUGUCUUUCUUGCCAUGCUGGGGGCUGGCGUGGACAGCAAGCGCUAUGAGAGCCUAUGUGCAGAGGCCGAGGCGGAGGGACGCUCAGUCGAGCCAGAAGCCAGAUUGGGAUCGGCCAUGGUAGGCUCCAUUGUCCUUCCGAUAGGUUUGUUUCUGUUUGCGUGGACGACGUAUCCAUCGGUGCACUGGAUCGUGCCAGUUAUCGGUGGCAUGCUCUUUUCCUGUGGACUGGUCAUGGUCUUCAUCUCGCUGAUAGGCUAUCUGGUUGAUUCUUAUGUCAUCUAUGCUGCUUCGGUGCUGGCGGCCAACUCGGUGCUUCGGUCCUUGUUCGCGACAGCAUUUCCCCUAUUUACCACCCAAAUGUACGACAACCUUGGAGAUCAAUGGGCGAGCUCCAUUCCGGCAUUCCUGGCGCUUGGGUGCCUGCCUUUCCCAUUUCUGUUCCACAAGUAUGGUCGGCGGAUACGCACCAAGUGCAAGUAUACUUCCGAAGCAGCAAAGAUGCUGGAGAUAGUGCAUCGCCACCACGCCGUGAUGACUGCAGGUGAACCAAACGGGACAAAAGUGGCUGCAUAGAUUUGGCGAAAGGAUGAAUCGACAACUUCCCUGCAUGUACUGAUAGAUCCCGAUAUUGUCCUAGAUUCGAUGUGGCUUGAAGCUACCGUUCAGAGGAAACCGUUUUGAAGAUCAUCCAGUAAAAUCCACUUGCCCAAUCUGCCAGUCGUCCAAGAAAUCGAAUCCCAAGAAGUCCACAUCGAAGAACGGAUUAUUGUUCUCGGGCUGCUCCAACUGAGGCGGAAUUACGCUGCUCUGCGUGUGCGUCGAGCCACACGCAUCUGUCAUGCUGCUGCUAUGUGGCUGCGACGACGCAGAUACCUGAACAUGAUUGAGAGUAUUGGGCGGACUCGGAACCAUGUACAGAUUGUUCUUGGCAAGAAUCUCCUCAAACACCGGCAGAGCUCUUUUCAGCGCGGGUAUUUCUUUUCCCUGGGUGAGAAGAAGCAUUGCCUGGCUGAUGGAUAUCCGAGCCAUGGAUCGGACAAGAUCUGUCUCGGCUGUAUCGAGGGCUGAUUCGAUAUGUAGAGCCAGCAGUGCAGUCAUUGUGGUUACGAAAGGGACGGGAAAGUCCUGAAGAGUACCACUCGCCAAAAUCCUCAUGGCAAUCGUGUCCAACUCCAGAAUAGCGGUCCGCAGCCGCUGUUUGGCCCACUCGCUCCACUCCGUACGACCGGACUGCUGGAAACAGCGUCGUAUCAGCCGACACAGGAUACACUCAAAUCUGUAGCUCAUGGCUUGUAUGUUCAGAUAGUAAAUGUCAGUUCCAGUGUUUCCACU